UUUCCCCCUUCACCCCAUUUUAUUCCUACCACAAAUAUCAAAUCAUGAUGCACCACUACGGCGGCGGAGGCGGCGGCGCCUCUUCUUUUUCCGUCUUCUUAUCUGUCCCCAACCACGGCGCCGCCGACAUGUAUUCUUCUUCUACCAAUUACGCCUCUUCCUCCUCCUCUCCUUCUUCUGUUGAUUGUACGCUCUCUCUCGGUACUCCCUCCACGCGCUCAUCGGAAUUCGACGCCGACAAACGCGCCGCCGCCCGCAAUCACCACCGCCGCUCCGCUGGUUCUUAUGUCUCUAACUUCUGUUGGGAUUUGUUGCAUCCUAAGCAUAAGACUUCUGGCCGUGCUGCUGCUCCUCCUAAUAAUUUAACCGCCGCCGUGACUUCCGGCGCCGAUCCGCUUCUUGCUCGGCGUUGUGCUAACUGCGAUACCACUUCCACUCCGCUCUGGCGAAAUGGGCCUAGAGGGCCUAAGUCGCUAUGCAAUGCGUGUGGGAUUCGUUUCAAGAAGGAAGAACGGAGGGCGGCGGCAGCGACGGUGAACAGCACGGCGGCAGAAUCAAACCACCACCAUCACCUUCACCACCACCCAAUAAUGUUCAACGGAAACUAUACAAAUUCAAGUACGUGGGUCCCACAGCAGUCACCAACGAUGAGUCAGAAACAUCCCUGCCUGUCGGCGGCCAUAGGAAAUGACGAACCGGAAAAUGGGAUUUCGUUCCUGUCUUGGCGUCUUAACGUUGCUAAUACCGAUCACCGGCCCACUCUCGUCCAUGAUUUCACAAGAUGAGCCG